AUGUUACUGUCAUCCUUGACGUCUUCUGAUGAAGAACCAACGUCAUACACUAGUGCAAGUAAGGAACCAAAGUGGAGGGAAGCCAUGAGUGAAGAAUUUCAUGCCCUUCUAAGAAAUGGAACUUGGAAGUUGGUGCCUUACCACUCAUCCAUGAACUUGGUUGGUAACAAGUGGGUCUACAGAAUAAAAAGAAAUUCUGAUGGGUCAAUAAGUCGGUAUAAAGCACGUUUGGUGGCUAAGGGGUUUCACCAAAGAGAAGGGAUCGAUUAUUUUGACAUUUUUAGUGCAACGGAUCCAUCACUUUUUAUCUUCAAGCAAGGGGGUGUCUUAUUAUAUUGCCUGAUUUAUGUGGACGAUAUUUUGGUUACAAGUAAUAGCCCUGCUUAUGAAAGUAAACUGUUGACUAGCCUCGCUUCUGAAUUCUCCAUAAAGGACUUGGGCCCAUUACAUUUCUUCUUGGGGAUCGAAGCUACUCCUCAUGGUAAUGGGCUACUGCUCUCUCAAAACAGGUACAUACAGGAUCUCUUGACCCGGGCUGGGAUGACGGACUGUAAGCCAAUCUUGACUCCAAUGUCCACAACCUCUACAGAUUCAGGGGGUGCACUCAUGACCGAUCCCACCAAGUACAGAUCCAUUGUGGGUGCCCUUCAGUAUGUUACAUUAACAAGGCCUGAUGUCUCGUUUGCUGUAAACAGAGUUUGUCAAUUUAUGCACAGCCCUACAGAAGAUCACUGGACACAGGUGAAACGGAUUUUAAGGUACCUUAAGGGUACCUCCACAUUAGGGUUAUUUUUGGAAAAAUCCCACAAUCCAACCCUCCAGGCUUUUUCGGAUGCUGACUGGGCUGGUAACAGCAGUGAUAGAAGAUCAACAGGAGGAUUUGCCAUUUUUCUUGGACCAAAUCUCCUUUCUUGGACAUCCAGAAAACAAAAGACCGUGGCCCGUUCAUCCACCGAGUCGGAGUACAAAGCUCUAGCUGAUGCCACCGCUGAGCUCAUAUGGUUAGAAGCAUUGUUCAAGGAAUUACAUUGUCCUAUUCGGUCGUCACCUAUCCUCUGGUGUGAUAAUCUUGGUGCGACGUACUUGACAGCAAAUCCGGUGUUCCACGCUCGCACCAAGCACAUUGAGAUCGACUUCCACUUUGUCCGGGAACGAGUGGCUAGUCGGAAUCUCUCUGUGCAGUUCAUUUCAACAGCUGAUCAACUAGCAGACAUUUUUACCAAGGCGCUGCCCACGGCUCGGUUUCAGUUCAUGCGCGACAAGCUGAAGGUCCGCCAAGUCUCCCCUUCAACUUGA